GUUUGAACUGUGAAUGGAAACACGUGUUUGUGUUAGAAGUGGUCAAUGUUUAUACCAUUUGUUUGCUGUAAUUAUCACUACAAGUAGUGCAAAGUGAAGACAUGGAAGAUAAGACAUCGAAGAAGAAGCACAAAUCGCCCCAAACGCUAGGCGAGAUUCAACGCCAACAGGACUUCUUCCUGAAGCCGUCGUCAGCCGAGCCGAGUCUGAACGCCGAGCAGUGGCCACUCCUUCUCAAGAACUAC